AUGGGUGCAGAAGCUGAGUCUACUGACUCCUCUCUUGUUUUCUCUUCCCUUCUUCCCGGUCCGCCGGAGCAGCAGCGUCCAGUGAAGCAGUCUCUCAGCAAGUCUCUGUGCCGAGAGUCCCACUGGAAAUGCCUGCUGCUGUCCCUCCUCAUGUACGGCUGCAUGGGAGCCAUGACAUGGUGCCAUGUCACCAAGGUGACCCGGCUGACCUUUGACAGCGCAUACAAAGGCAAGUCCAUGAUGUACCACGACAGCCCCUGUUCCAACGGCUACGUCUACAUCCCCUUGGCUUUCCUGGUGAUGCUCUACGUGGUGUACCUGGUGGAGUGCUGGCACUGCUACACCCGCAACGAGCUGCAAUACAAAGUAGACGUGGAGAGUGUGCACGAGCGUGUGCAGCGGAUGCAGCAGGCGACUCCCUGCAUCUGGUGGAAGGCCAUCAGCUACCACUACGUCCGCAGGACCCGGCAGGUUACCCGCUACCGCAACGGGGAUGCCUACACCACCACCCAAGUGUAUCAUGAGCGGGUCAACACCCACGUGGCAGAGGCUGAAUUUGAUUAUUCCAAUUGUGGAGUUAAGGAUAUCUCCAAGGACCUCAUUGACCUGGAGAGCUACCCCGCCACACGGCUCCGCUUCACCAAGUGUUUCAGCUUUGCCAAUGUGGAGUCAGAGAACUCCUAUCUGACCCAGCGGGCCCGCUUCUUCACAGAGAAUGAGGGCCUAGAUGACUACAUGGAGGCCAGGGAGGGGAUGCACCUCAAAAAUGUGGACUUCAAGGAAUACAUGGUGGCCUUUUCCGACCCAGACAACCUGCCUUGGUAUGUAUCUCACUAUGUCUUCUGGGUGGCAGCUCUGCUGACCCUGUCCUGGCCCCUGAGGGUGCUAAAUGAGUACCGCACCUCCUAUGUCCAUUACCACGUGGAGAAACUCUUUGGGUUCGACUACGUGGCAGUGACACCGGCCGAGGAGCGCACCUUCUGCCGGAGGAUGCCCCGCGUCAACACAGUGGACAGCACCGAGCUGGAGUGGCACAUACGAUCCAACCAGCAGCUGGUGCCCAGCUAUUCGGAAGCGGUCCUGAUGGACUUGGUGGGGCUCUCCGGCUGCACCAGCUACUCUGCUUGCCGGUACGGGGGCUACCGGCAGAACUGCGAGCGAUGCCACAGGACUAUAAGCAGCUCCUCCAUCUUCUCCCGCAGUGCUCUGAGCAUCUGCAAUGGCAGUCCCAGGAUUCCCUUCAGCAGCAGCCGCUUUUCUCUGGGCCGCCUGUAUGGCUCACGACGCAGCUGCCUCUGGCAGAGCCGGAGUGGGAGCCUGAAUGAGCAGAGCUGCCCCACUGAGCAGACACGCCUCUCCAGCCAGGUGACUGUGGAGGAGGAAGACCCCCCUCCUUACCAGGAUGCCCUCUACUUCCCCGUUCUCAUCGUACACCGCAACGAAGGCUGCCUGAACCACGACCACCGUCACCUCCAUCGCAACGGGUCCUGUGUGGAGACCUCACUGUGAAAGCAGAGGGCGGUGAGAUCUCAUUGUCCAUUGCCUGGCCCAAGCCAGCACAGGAUUUGGGGAGAGGAGCACAGGGGGGACAGCCUAAGAGGACAUCAGGAUGGAGUGGACAUGGCAUCUCGCUCCAUCAGCCAGUGAAAGCUCCCCACAGUGUGGCUCUGACCUCCCAGAGGGGUGGGUGCUGAUGCUCCCCUGACGUGGCACAGAACUCUAGACCAACCACCACAUGCAAAAAAAAAAUAAAUAAUUCAACCAAACCAACCCCAAAACCGUAAUUCAUGGCAUCAAGAUCCAAAGGGGAGAAUAAAAAGAUAGGCCUGAUGCAGGGAGGGGGUGGUUUUUGUCUCCCAGCCCUGGCUCCAGGCUGGCUCAUGCUCCGAGGAACCAGCAGCCAUCAGAAAGCGCCUUGCUGCACCUCUGCCCACCCUGCUUCUCAUGCUGGAGCAAGACCCCUUGCAGUGUGGAGGGGAAUGGGCCCCUUGGGAGCAGGGUGUAACUGCCUGUAACGGAAGGUCUGGGGCAUCCAGGCACAUGGAUGGAGCAGCAGGUUAAAGCAAAGGCUGAAAGCCAUGAAUCCAGCUCUUCCCCUUCCCCCCAACUGUUCCCCACCCUCCCCAUUUUUUUUUUUUAGACCACGCUCCGACUGUUACCCUGUUCUCACUGCUGGGAAUGGCAUCACCUCCAGAGGAUCCCAGGCUCCUCAGGAAGGUUCGGCAUAUCAGCUCUGAGUCAGCAUCCCUUAGGUAAAGGGUUUUCUGUUUGGGCACGCAGCACCAGGGAAGGGAUGAAUGUGCAAACCCAGAUGGAGCAGAAAUCUGCAGCGCUGCCGAUGUGUUUGCUGGAGGAGGGCUCAGCUGGAAACAGAAAACGGUAGGCCCCUGGUGAGCUGAGGAAGGGGAACAGGAUGGCACUGGGACAGGCAUCAUGGUAUCAGGUGGCAGGUCAAGUAGCUGGGGACCCUUCCUGGCUUUGAAUUGAGUCCUAAUUGGUUCAGACAAGCAUCAAGGAAGGCUCUGCUGCUCCACCAAGGGGAACGUUAUGCCCAUGGAUGUGAUCUGUCAACUCUCUCAAAAGCAAGCUAACAAGCAAACUGACCUCCACAGCACUGGGAGAGGAGCCUUCUCCCACAGGACCAUAGCCUUUCCGCACCUGAGGGAAAAGAGGUCCCAAGGACAGAACUGAACUGGCAAGACCCAUGGCCUCGUGGCCUGCCCCUCCUCCUUCCCUCCUUACCUCAUAUGUCUGUCUUGGGGGAGGGAUGGUUUCCCUGUGGAGUUCAGCAAGCUCCUCUUCCUCAUACACAGGCUCAUACACAGGCUCUACUCACAGGUAUAUCAUCCACCUAUGCAACUCUUCCAGAAGCUGCCAAGUUUUCAGGAACUCGUUACAAUGUGCAGCAUGGCCAUCCGGCACUGAGAAUAAGCACAGUGGCUGCUGGAAAGCUAAGUGGGUUUUAUUCCUCCCCCCAUUCCCAAGGAAGACUGUUUUUGUUGGGCCAUUUUGUUCGUUCUGUUUUUGUAAACUUCAUUUGGGGGAAAUGAAGCUUGUGAGAAAUUGGUACCCAUCAUGAACCCUCCCCAGUCUUUUGAACUUCGUGAAUGGAUGGAUCACCUACUGUGAUUAUAAUUUAACGGAUUUUGUAGAACAAAAUAACUUCACACACAGACACAUGAGGUUCUUUCACUCUCCAUCAGCACAAGCUGCUUCUGCGAUCUUAGCUACUCACAUUAGUGGAAGAAAAAACCUAGCUAGAAUGUGGUGAGAUGACGUAGUGCUUUGUAUCAGUCCCACGGUCCCAAUGUCCAUUAGCAGCACUGUCAGCUGCUGUGCCAUGAAUUCGGACUUUGGAUGGCAGCCCAUGAACCAGUCAGGGUAAAAGUUUGGAAAAACACAAGCCUGAGUCUAGCGCAUCUCCAGAAGCAGAUGCAGUGGGAGGAGCAGCUGAAAGCAGGCAUCACCUCUGGCUCGGCUGUGCCAGGAGCUGGUGGGCUCUGUGCUGCACCUGUCCCCCAGGAAGAGCCUGCCCCCAGAGGCCAAGCAGAGGGGAAUGAGGUAGUGACAUGUCUGAUGGAGCAAAAUGCACAGCACAGCUCAGCCAAUGGGAAACAGCAGUGACAACUAGACCCCAAAAUAACAGGAUUUCACUUUGGAAAUGCCAACAUCUUUUUCGAACUGAAAUGAGACUAGGAGGCCUUAACAGUUGAGAGAAGUGUUUCAUGUUGCUGUUCCUUGCUUAAAAA